CUUUCUUCUCUCUGAUUAGAGUAGACUAUGGAUCUCCCAACCCUAAUGGAGACCUAACAGGCUAACACUGUCAAAAUUAUUCCUCUUCAGCAUCGGGAUCUUGAAGACUUGUUGAACUGAAGUUAGCCGUGUCCUUCCCCUCCCCCACCGCCGCCCCUCUCUCUCUCUCUCUGCGGCGGCGGCGGAAUGGCGAAAAGCGGCGAGUCCACGGUGGAGGUUGCGUCCUCCAGCUCCUCUCCUCUUACUCCCGCUUCCGCGUCGGCUACGAGGCCGAAGGCGAAGCACCGUAUGGAGAUCGAGGGGUACCCAGUGGAUGGCGUCUCCAUCGGCGGCCAAGAGACCUGCGUCAUCUUCCCGACGCUGAGCCUCGCCUUCGACAUCGGCCGGUGCCCGCAGCGUGCCGUCUCGCAGGAGUUCCUCUUCGUCUCCCACGGGCACCUCGACCACAUCGGGGGCCUUCCCAUGUACGUGGCCACGCGGGGGCUCUUCAGGUUGCGUCCGCCCACCAUCUUCGUCCCGGCGUGCCUCCGGGAACUCGUGGAGCGGCUCUUCGAGGUGCACCGCGCCAUAGACCAGUCCGAGCUCAACCACAACCUGGUCCCCCUCGAGGUCGGGGAGGAGUACGAGUUCAGGAGGGACCUCAAGGUCAGGGCUUUCAGGACCUACCACACCAUACCCAGCCAGGGGUAUGUGAUAUACUCGGUGAAGCAGAAGCUUAAGCAGGAGUUCAUUGGCCUACCAGGGAGCGAGAUCAAGCACCUCAAGCUAUCAGGUGUGGAGAUCACGAAUACAGUGUCCACCCCUGAAAUUGCUUUCACGGGAGAUACAACAGCAGAUUUCAUUCUUGAUCCGGAUAAUGCAGAUGUGCUGCAGGCAAAAAUUCUUGUUGUCGAGAGUACUUUUCUAGACGACUCCAUUUCAGUUGAGCAUGCAAGAGAAUAUGGGCACACACAUUUAUAUGAGAUAGCAAGUCAGUCAGACAAGCUUGGAAACAAAGCUAUUCUACUGAUCCACUUUUCUGCUCGUUAUACUACAGAGGAAAUUGAUGCUGCAAUAAACAGAUUGCCACCAUCUUUCCGUAGCAGAGUUUAUGCCUUAAAGGAAGGCUUCUAAUAAAAACAUGAACCAGGAAAUCAGUAAUGAAGUUUUGUCAAUGGGAUCAGCAAUGCAGUUUUCCAAAUUGGGCCGCGUGGGUAAUUUUUCACUAGAAAUCUUUUUGCUAUGUGUGCUCUGAUGAUACUAUACCAAUCAUCUGAAGAUUUGUGCGGGACUUUUUGUUGUUGGUACUUGAUGCUUGUGACAUUGGAAUGAUUGAAUAGUGGAAUAUGAAACAUCCCGCAUAAGCACAUAGCCUUUUCUUCUUUUUUUGUUUUGUUCGUGGGAACAUGUAAGAUUAGCAAUGGAAAUUUAGCUACGGCCGUCCCUGAACUCUUGCGACAUUGCCAAUGGGCAUUCGCACUAUGUAUGGCCGAUGAUUAAUAGUGAAGCUUUAAGCUUUCUAGAAGAAAAUAGAGAACAUUUAGCGACACUUAAUUUCUUUUUUAACAGAACCAUUUACCUUAUUUCUGAA